GAGUCUCAAACCUAACAACCCCUUCAGCCUAAUAACACCUAAACACGCUUUGAGACUCUCUCACCCCCAUCAAUGCCUCCGUCACUCACAACCCCUGCACUGACGGCUGAGGGUGGUGACGGCUGAAAGGAAGCUGCUGCUGGUGUCGGCCUCCAUGAGGAUGAUCGGGAGCAAGGGGGAGGUGGCUGUGAUUUUCGAGGCCAGGGGAGGGAUGGUGGCGAUGCGAGGCUUCGAUUCGUUGAUUUGCUUGCGGAUUUCGGCGGCGGUGUUGAGAGGGUUGGUGGUGGUGAUGAUGGCGCCAAGGGACAUGACGACGAGGCAGACGACGGGGAAGUAGAUGUUGUUUGGGGAGAGGAGGAGGACGACGGUGCCCUUGCGGAUGCCGAGGUCGUAGAGGGAGGGGGCGACGGCGUCGACGGCUCGCCAGAGUUAGUGGAAGGUGAUGUGGUUGCCGGUGGUGGCGUCAAAGAAGGCGAUCCUGGCAUGGUGGGCGUGUGAUGAGAUGAAGGUGGUGACAUCCAAGGAGUGGUUCUGUGGAAGUGGAAGUGGCUUACUUUUGCGCUGCAGAACCCACUUCUUGGAUCUAUAUCUCUUCCCCUGCUCCUUUCUUCUCGUCGCUGCUCAUCUUCUUCUCCUCAGCGCUGAUGCUCUUUUGGUGAGGAAGGCUUCGCCCCUGCUUUGCGCCUUCGUCCUUGCUUCAUUAAAUUUGUGGCAGACAUCUUUCCGCUUCUUCAGAUUUAUGCUGGUUCCUUCUUUGCCAUUCCCCUUGUCCGAUGGUUUUUUAUUAGGAAGGGAAUGCUGAUAUUGAAAAGAGAAAUCAAAUUAGGAAGCAGUGUUCAAAAGUACUCGAAUUACCUGACCCUUCACUGAGAUAGAAGGUAUGGUUAUUCAUUUUGCUCCCAU